AUUAGCCGAGAAGAUGCAGAAGAUCUCCUGGAGAACAUGACUGAGGGGGCAUUUCUGGUCCGGGUCAGUGAGAAAAUCUGGGGUUACACCCUCUCCUACCGCCUGCAGAAGGGAUUCAAGCACUUUCUCGUGGAUGCCUCUGGGGAUUUUUACAGCUUCCUGGGAGUGGACCCCAAUCGCCAUGCAACGCUCACAGAUCUCAUUGAUUUCCACAAGGAGGAAAUUAUCACUGUUUCAGGGGGAGAGUUGCUGCAGGAACCCUGUGGACAGAGGGACAGCCCACCAGAUUACCAUGCGUUAUUUGAAUGAUUUUUUUUCUCCUUAUCAAUUGGAUUCUUUUGGACAUCCUUUUUUCGAAUUCAGCUUAAGAACUUCCUGAUUCAAAUCCCUAUGAUUUUCCGGAAGAUUCACCAUCAUCAGAGGAACAAGUAUAUUAGUAUGUCUCAAGGAACAUGCAAUGUAUGGCGUGUGUGCCAUUGGCCCCAUCUCAGUGCUCAGGACAGAAACUGCUAACAGCUGAUGCAACUCUUUUGUGAAGAGUUUAGCUAUGACCUCAGAAGACAAAGCCUGUUUGUCACGGCUAUCCUAAACUGAGCUCCUAGAGCACAUGGAUCAUGUUUUAAUCAUCCAAAAUAAUUU